AUGGAGACUACAGAACCAAUCAUGGCGCUCCCGCCCAUUGACACCUCUGUGGGCGUACCUCUUCUUGCUCGGGAUUCCAUGGCAACAUUCCCAGAGAUUUCUCAAAUCACCCUUGAGAACCCUCGAACAGAGUGGCAUACUUACAGCGAGGCUUGUCCCAGCCCGAAUGUUCCGACACGGUGUGAGUCAAUCUCGCGAACACGCAUGCCGCAAUUUCGGCAAUCCAGAAGAUGGGCGAGGAUGUAUGCCAGAUCACGCGCGGAAAUGGAUGCAGCUCCAACGCGCCCGUCGACUGGGGACCGAUGCUCGUCCGCGACUGGCAACGAUCAACAAAAUAUUGGACGCUCGAUGUCUUUACAACAACAUCGCCUCCUUCCCAAAGCGGUGGGCAACAGUUUUGGACGUCCGAAGAUCCCCCGCAAUAUCAGCGAGGCCAGCACUAAUUCCGGCGGCCUCUGCGCGCAUAGCGCCGCUUACUACUGGCGAUGUGUCAAACCUCUCAUUAGCAAGGUACCACGUGCAGGCUCAAGAGUAUGGCCGAACAGACGGCCUCGAAACCGAAAAGUCACAACAACGAGACGCCAGGAUGCCGCAGGCCGGCGGCCAUCAGCUUUGAUUUUUGUGCCCCCUGUCUUGCGAGGAGAGAGCAACCCCGAAAAGGACAACCACAACAUCUGUUGCGAAUCUGGCUUCACUAUCACCAAUGGGGGUCUCCGGUCAUGUCUCAAUGGAAACUGUCGCGCGGGGAAUGAACCUGAGGCCUGUUCGGCGCUCGCACCCUCGUCGAUACUCAACAACCCCAUCAACAGCGACGGAUUUUCAGACGAAUGCAGAAAUGUUCUGAAAAACUUGAACUUUGACAGUGAUCGCCUCGUGCCGACUACCUCUGCAGUACCCGCCGUCGUCACGCGAUCCUCAGCAAGAAAAUAUACUUCUCGUGAACUCAUCCCGAUGCCAGAAGACACUGCCCGCAAGCAGCUACUGUCUCAAGCUAUUACCUCCAAGCCUCUACCACCAUCACCAGAAGUCAGAGCACCUCACAACACCCCCACAGCCCCUCUCUCGGCUCACCCGCCUCAACGCCGGGAAUUUGUAGCUCAAGCUCCAGGCAAUACUCUGAGCAGUCUCAACAGGAUGCUGCAAACCAAGCAGGCCGAGCCGCUGGCCGUCUCUUCAUCUCUCAAUUCAUUACUUGAGCACCAAAACACUACCACCAGGCCACAGCCUAGACAGGCGAAGCACGUAAUGCGUCUCUCUUCCGCACGAUCGGCGAAGAGUGCUGCCAAUACUCUUGCGGGAAUAGAAGCUCAAGUUCAAAGGAUGUCGCACUACAGUAUCGACGUGGAAGUCAGGCGCAAUGGGUCCACGGAUUCUGGAGCCCGGAAUAGCGGACCUCCUCCCAACAUACCACUGCCUGCGUUGCCCCCGGAAGCACACGAUUUACAACUUGCUGUGACCAAAUCUUCAGAGGACCUGGCAAAGCUAGAAGGCGGCCUCGAAGAGAACUUGCAGAUUUGUGUGCACUUUGUACGCCAUGUCAUUCGAAGCACCCGCGCCGAUAAAGUCAAAGAAAAGAGAAUGCGCGAUCUUGCCAAGUCGCGCGUUCGCUUGAGCAAGGUUGACUCUUUGGGAACGAACGAAACUCGCCACAAGGCUUUGAUGUCUAAAGCCUCACCGGCCAUCGCAUACCAUGUUGAUGAGCUCGAUAGGUUUCCAGCCGUCCCGGACUCCCGACCUACAAGUCUUUGCAGCAGGUCCACGUCGUGUUAUAGUCGCCAGCACAGCCCAGAGCUGAGAACUCGCCAACAGCAACGCUGUAUGUCCAAAGUCCAAUCCACGGAAAUUCAACGGAGCAAGCCUCCUCCACAAACGCUCAGUCAGAGCAAUAUUUUCGUCGUCGUCGACAGUGAUCCCGUCACAGCGCGUUUUCGCGCGGGCGCCAUAAGUCCAAGACUGAGCAUUGCAGGCAGCGUCACUGGGGUGGCAAGUGCAAGGCAUGCACGAACUCCUUCCAAGCUCAAAGAGGUCAUGGCCAACAGGUUGAGUCUACGCGAGAGUCCCAGACGAGACACUAUUCUGGGCAGCCCUAUGGAGAGCCCGAGACGAAAAGCAGCAGGGACCAGUAGUCCGCUGGGGGAGCAAGCGGUCAAGCCUCGUCGAUCACGUUCUUGCUCGAGCGGCCAAACCAACAAGUUGCCUGGAAGAAUUGGCAGUCCUGCCCCAAGCACAGCCCCAAGCAGCUCUAGUGACGACCACUGGCUCACGCCUGGUGAGAAGAUCUCGCCGAUCAAACCGGCUAGCCAGCAGAGGAACAAACGCCGGCGAUGGAACAGCGGCGACAUCAACCUUGUUCGACAGCUACACCGAGAUUUGCACGACUACUAUGUGACGAUCUUGGAGCAGGAGGAGAAGAUCAAGUGGCAAGCCACGCAGAUCCAGACCAUGAUGAAGAUCUUUGCGCCAAUGAGACAUAUUCCAGGAGGACUGGAAGAACCUGUCCUUCUUCACGACUCUCCUGACAGAGACACUCCGACCCCAACCAACAGCAGAACUCUCAGGAAGUGCCGGAGCGCACUCGCCGGAGACAGGCGUCCGCCAAGUUCCGGUUCUCGCUCCCGCUUCCCACUGGACAGCAUCAAUGAGCGAACCCUCAACAGCCAGGGUCAUAAUGCAGUGAAUGAGGAUGAUGCGACUAGCACUGCUCCUUCCUCGGAAACGAGUUCACUGGUGUCAAUCAAAGCUAGCGCUUCUGAUACGUCACUGACGGAGCAGGAGAAAGUCACGGUACCAGUUGGCAAGCAAGGCGCCGACGUGGAAACAUGGGGGUGGAUAUAG